AUGUCGGACGACAAGGACCGCGAUGAGGAUGUGGUAUCCACGCGUCAGUACAUUCAGUCGCUCCGGCGGCUGCAGUCCAACAGGGUGGAGCCCGCACCCGCGUCCGCAGUGGCCGACGCGGAUUCGCUAAUUUCCGGGGGAUUCAGCGCACGCAAUCGUAUGCGAGACUCCGCGCGCACCAGCUCGAACGAGUCGAGCCCGGAGAAAAUGAAAACAUUGGGGCGGUGGGAUAGGCUGGACGAAGGCGACGGCGGCGAGGAGAUGGACCAGGAGACCGCGGAGAAGCACCUGUUCGGCAGCAUAGCGAAGCGCCACGACCCGAUGUCGGUGCCCGUGCCGUGGGGUCUGGUGCACCCGCUCUCCACGUUCAUGCGGCGAUGGGACAUGCUCACGAUGUGGCUGCUGCUGUACACUGCGAUAUGGACUCCGUUUGAGGUGGCGUUCGUGGAGGAGAAGCGCCUGUCGCCCAUGUACUUCGUGAACAUGGUCAUAAACCUGGCGUUCUUCACGGACAUGAUCCUCAACUUCAACCUGAUGUACUUCGACGAGAAGCUGCUCAAGAUGAUCUCGGACCGGAAGUUGAUCGCGAAACGGUACCUGCGGGGGUUCUUCAUCAUCGACUUCAUAUCCAUUCUACCCUACGACGACAUCACACUCGCAACGGGGAGCAAGGCGAACCUGAAGAUCCUGAGAAUCGUGAGGAUCGUUCGCCUCGCCAAGCUGCUCCGAAUUCUCCGAUCGAGCCGCAUCUUUGCGAGGUUUGAGAACUCGAUGACCAUCAACUACGGCGCGCUCAAGCUAGUCAAGUUCGUCGUCGGCACCCUGUUCAUCGCGCACUGGAUGGCGUGCCUCUGGCACCUGGUCAAGGUCGUUGAACAGUCGCGGUGCAACUGGGUCACCGACUACUACUUUGGCGAGUGCCUGUACAACGACGCGGACAACAACGACGAGCACGUCACCGCCCGCUCUCUCUACUUCACCGCGCUGUACCUGUCCACGAUGACCAUCUCGACCGUCGGAUACGGAGACGUCACGCCGCAGACGGAACCCGAGCGGGUUUUCCUCACCGUGGGCAUGCUGGUGGGCGCUUCGGUGUAUGCGUACAUCGUGGGUUCGAUCUGCAGCGUCAUCGCGAGCAUGAACUACCGCGAGACCGAGUUCCAGGAGCUGAUGGACCGGCUCAACCUGUUUAUCAAGGAGGCUAAGAUCGACACAGACCUGGCCGGAAGGCUCCGCGCGUUCUUCAGGUACAGGCGCAAGGUCACAAACCAGAUUUCGUGGGGCGAGCUCCUUGACCUCAUGUCGCCGAGCAUGCGACAGGAGGUUGCCACGCAGAUCAACACGGCGUGGCUGAUUAAGGUUGAGAUCUUCCACGGGAUUCCUGAGCAGGUGGCCAUCGAGCUCAGCUUCAACUUCGUGCUGGAGACCUUCCCGCCCGAGGAGCACAUCAUCGGGGAGAGGGACGAGAGCACCAAGCUCUUUGUGCUGAAAAGCGGCGUGGUGAUGUGCAAGGGGCGGGUGCGAACCAUCGGGGAUAACGCGUGUUUCGGGGAGGACAUGCUCUGGCGGACUAUGCAGCGUGGGUACAAGGCGGUAUCGCUCACUUUCUGUGAUUGUUUCACGCUCAAGAAGGACACGAUGGAGCGAGUGAUGGAUAAUUUUCCGUCCGUCAGAGUCAUGUUGCGCAAGAUCAUCGUGCGAAAGAUUGUGCAGGAGAAAAUCGUGGAGACGAGCCGCAUCGUGAAGGAAUUCAAACGGUUCAUGAAGGCGCACAAGGAACUGAACGGUCCGACGUCGUGGCCGCCCGUGGGUGAGAGCAUGGACUUCCUCACUAACGCGCUCGGAUUCAGAUUCAGGGCCACGGUAAGCGCCAAGCUCAUGAUCAUGCGAAACUCGGAUCCGCAAUACUAUCGCAAGAUCAACAGCCUGGCGAUGUACAUGCAGCGGAUGUUCCGCGGCCACCAGGGACGGCAGAUGGCGGUGCUCCGCAAGAUGGCGCAGAGCAAGAACAUGCCAGUCUCGCUGCUCAGCUUAAAGUCGGUGCGGGAACAGAUGCUGGGCGAGCGCGAGCGGCUGAUGAAGUUCAAGGAGUCUGAGACGCAUUCACCUGCGCACUCCUCGACGUCAAAGAAGCAUCACGAGUGGGACGACGACGACGGGCUGAUCGGUGAGCCGAAGAAGAAGGUGCACCUCACGCCGGAGCUGAAUGAGCUGAGGGAACAGCUCCUCGAGAGCGUCGGGUCCAUCGUCGAGGAGACGGUGAGGAGGGAGCUCGGGAAGGCGGGGGUGGGGCGCUCUCAGCCGACUCGAGUAGCGUCGCAGUCGGCGCCCGCUGCGCACGGGGAGUCGCCCGCCGAGCCCGCGCCGGAGCCGCCGGGCAAGCUCGACAAGAAGAAGUCCUCGACGAAGAAGCGAUAG